GGCUCCUCUCGGCGGCAGCGGCCCAGUGGAGGGGUCCGCGGUGGCGGUGGUGGCGGUGGUGGUGGCGGCGGCGGCGGCGGCGGCGGCAGGGGUGGCUGUGGCGGCGCUGUUCCCCGCGCAGUCCUCGGAGCGGGGUCCGGGCUGUGAUAGGUGAGGUGACGGCGCUGCGACCCCCGGCCGGUGUCCGACCCCGGGUCGCCUCCCAAGCCGCCCCCCGGGCCCCGCGUCCCCUCCCCCGCUGGUGGGGCCCGGACUGAAGAUGGUGCAGAAGAGAACAGCCGAACUUCAGGGCUUCCACCGUUCGUUCAAGGGGCAGAAUCCUUUCGAGCUGGCCUUCUCCUUAGACCCCGCCCAGCACGGGGACUCUGACUUCAGCCCACAGUGUGAAGCCCGACCUGACAUGCCUUCCAGCCAGCCCAUUGACAUCCCAGAUGCCAAGAAGAGAGGCCGAAAAAAGAAGCGCUGUCGCGCUACUGACAGCUUCUCAGGCAGGUUCGAAGAUGUCUAUCAGCUGCAGGAGGAUGUGCUGGGGGAAGGUGCUCACGCUCGUGUGCAGACCUGUGUCAAUCUCAUCACCAACCAGGAAUAUGCUGUCAAGAUCAUUGAGAAGCAGCUGGGCCACAUCCGCAGCAGGGUGUUCCGGGAGGUGGAGAUGCUGUACCAGUGCCAGGGACAUAGGAAUGUUCUAGAACUGAUUGAGUUCUUUGAGGAGGAGGACCGUUUCUACCUGGUGUUUGAGAAGAUGCGUGGCGGAUCCAUCCUAAGCCACAUCCAUAGAAGGCGCCACUUUAACGAGCUGGAGGCCAGCGUGGUGGUACAGGACGUGGCCAGUGCCCUGGACUUCCUGCAUAACAAAGGCAUCGCCCACAGGGACCUAAAGCCAGAGAACAUCCUGUGUGAGCACCCCAACCAGGUCUCUCCAGUGAAGAUCUGCGAUUUCGACCUUGGCAGUGGUAUCAAACUCAAUGGAGACUGCUCCCCCAUCUCCACGCCAGAGCUGCUCACCCCGUGUGGGUCAGCUGAGUACAUGGCCCCAGAGGUGGUGGAGGCCUUCAGUGAAGAGGCCAGCAUCUACGACAAGCGCUGCGACCUGUGGAGCCUGGGCGUCAUCCUCUACAUCCUGCUUAGUGGCUACCCGCCCUUCGUGGGCCACUGUGGCAGCGACUGUGGCUGGGACCGUGGGGAGGCCUGCCCUGCCUGCCAGAACAUGCUGUUUGAGAGCAUCCAGGAGGGGAAGUAUGAGUUCCCUGACAAGGACUGGUCCCACAUCUCCUUCGCUGCCAAAGACCUCAUCUCCAAGCUGCUGGUCCGAGAUGCCAAGCAGAGGCUGAGUGCUGCCCAAGUCCUGCAGCACCCCUGGGUGCAGGGGUGUGCCCCAGAGAACACCCUACCGACACCCUUGGUUCUGCAGAGGAACAGCUGUGCCAAAGACCUCACGUCCUUUGCGGCUGAGGCCAUCGCCAUGAACCGGCAGCUGGCCCAGUGUGAGGAGGACGCUGGGCAGGACCAGCCUGUGGUCAUCCGAGCUACCUCACGCUGCCUGCAGCUGUCCCCACCCUCCCAGUCCAAGCUGGCCCAGCGGCGCCAGAGGGCUAGCCUGUCGGCCACCCCUGUGGUCCUUGUGGGGGAUCGUGCAUAACCCCCACUAGCUCCUUGUACAUAUGCCCCUGCCCUGCGGGGCCUGAAGGCUAGGGACCUGGACACCCCACCCCUUGCCAUUCCAGGUGCCAGUUCAGCUGGGUCCUCUUGGGGUGUAGGGAUCUGUUAGGGGUGUCUCCUUUUCUCCCUGUCCUUCCCCUGCCCUGCCCACUUGGCUUUGUUUUGUUUGUUUUUCUUUGCCGCUAUUGAAAGCAAGUGCCCGGAGGAGGGCGGAGGGCUCAGGCCGCCCAGCCUGCACCCCACGAUGCUCACCUGCCAACUGUGAAGGUCCUGCCACCUGCGCCCCCACCUCCACUCCAGCCACUCUGCUGUCUUCCAGGGUUGGGGAUCCCGCAGGGUCAGCACCCCACACCUCUCCCAGCCCUCAGUGUUGUCAGGGACAGGCCCUCCUGGUGAGCACAGUGGUGGUCACAUCUCCUCACCAGAGCACCUUUGGGUCUGGGGUGGGGGCAGGGCUCCCUGUCUUGGAUAGAGACCUCUGGGGAGCAGGUGGAUGGGGACAGUGCACUUGAUUGACCCCUAGUCCCCAUCAUCCACCUGCAGUGUCCCUUGGAGGGUUGACAAUCAGAAACCCCUCCCAGGCUGCUUAGCUCCUUGCCCUGGGACAGACCUACUGCUCCCAACCCCACUUCCCAGGGGCAGAGCUGCACCCAGCUAGCUCUACCACAGCAGGAGAGGUGCUGGACCAGGCUUUCAUCAGCAAACAUGGGGUUCCCACAUGUCUCCCCACCCAGGGCACCUGAGUGCCCCUUCUCAGGGCUCAGCCUGACCAUGGCCACGUCCUGCCCCUGAGGUUCCUAAGCUCUCCUAGCUGCUUCUGUUAGCCAGAGCUGAGGCCAUACCCAGGGCUCUCACCUUCCUGUUGCCCCCAGAGGGCAGCGGCUCAGGCGUGCCUGCUUUCAGGAAAGGGAGGCUGGGAAGGGAUGUGGUGGCCCUGCGGUGCCCAGACCUAACUGCCUGAGGCCUGUAGACUGUUCCUAGCCGAACUACUAUGCAAUACGAGUUCCCAUUUUCUCCAUGGCCCUGCUGGUCGGGGGCGGCUGCCAGGGGCCAGGCCACCCUGCCCUGCAACUGCUCAGGUGUCUACAGGGCAGCCCCUGGCCUCAAAAAUCCUUGGUCAGGAUUGUUUGUCGAGUUUAGUUUAGGCUUCUUUUUUUUUUUUUUUUUUUUUUUUUUAAGAAAUAAUUUGACUUGCUUCCCUGUUCUUGAAGAGUACUUGAAUGUCGGGGUCUGGUGGGUGGGGGCCUGGAACACCCACUGCCCAGCAUCCUCCACCCCCUCCUCCGUAGUCUCAUAGGAUCGUCACAGUGGAGGUGACAUGCCUUCUCCAGUCCUGCCCCACCUGCCUCUGUGGACACAUUUCCAAAGAACCCCUGGGGGUGGGGGCUCCCCCAUCAGUAUGACUCAGCUGUUGGCCACCUGAGGACUUGGCCCCCCUGCAGGUUCCUGAAGCAACCUGACUGGGCAGUGAGCAGCAUUGACCCCCACACACCCCCAAAACAGGGCUGUGAUUUCCUUAGUCCCUCCAAGCCCGACCUGGAGGAUGGGUCAGACCCCUUAACUGUGAAUGAGACAUGAUCCUGGGCUGGCUUGGCCACAAACCAUGCAGAAAUCUAAAAAGCGUGUUGUAGAGUGGGGGACAUGCAAGCACUUUUAACUCCAUCGUACCAGGUGAACUGACCUCCGGACUCCUUUCCCACCAACUGUCAACGCCAGGAUUUUGUAUUCUGUUUUGUAAGGAUUUAAUAAAAGUCAUUUAAAAAUUUC